CAUAUUCUGUGUUAGCCCAGAAAUGCAAAACUAGCCCCACCCCAUGUGCAAAUUGAGGCAUGCAGAGUGGCGUAAACGGGCGGGUAAAGCAAGAUGCGUAACUUCUGUCGUUAGAUAUUCGGGUCAUAGUAAUGCCGAAUGUGUCGCGUGGUUGUGGUCAAGGCAACGAUUUCGAGUGAUUACUAGUAAAAGCAAACACUGUGGGAAAAAUCUUGGUUAAAUCUGGUCAUUUCUGGUUCUGGUUAUUUCUAUUUUUAUAAGGUGAAUAACCAGAACUGACCAGUAAUCACCAGCAGAACCAUAAAUAGCUUUUUCAAAAGCACAGAGUCCUAAAGUAAUAUUAUAUCAAAUAUUUAAAGAU